CACUGUGAAAAAUCGGAAAAUUCUUAACAGUUUUGGACUUUUUCGUCCGCGAUAAGAACAGAUUAAACUCAACUGCAACUCCCGCCGUCGAUCUCCUUGGUACAGUAGGUUUUUACAGCCGUACAAACCGUUCAAACCGUGGAAAACUGUAGCUCCAGAUCCCCAAAAAGACCGGGCUGAACCCCCGGAAAAAAGGCUCAAAAUCCAGAAAAGCGAAAAAGUGUGAUUUUGUAUCGGAAAUGUACAACCGCGAAUUACUGCUGUUGCUGUUAACUGCACAAGCUCGAUUGCAAAGAUUAAAACACGCCAUUGAAGACCAAAGGCGAGUCAGGCGGCGUCGACUACGGCGCAAAUGGAUGAAACCCAUUUUCAUAAACCGGGCGGAACAUUUAAAGGAUGAUAUUAUGGCAGAGGUGGAGAAAACGAAAGUUUUGCUAAGAAUGUCGGAGGAGGAUUUUCAGUGGCUGCUCACAUCCAUAACACCAAAAAUACAAAAGGAGGACACAACUAUGAGGCAAGCAAUCAGUCCCUUACUCCGAAUUAGCAUCGCGCUACGAUUCUUGGCAACAGGUGAUAUGUAUUCUAGCUUGCAAUAUACCUUUCUGGUUUCCACGCAUACCAUUGCCCGUGUAGUACCCGAAGUAUGUGAUGCCAUAGUAGAGACACUGAAAGAUUUUGUGAAGAUGCCAUCCACUACUCCCGAAUGGUUACAAAUUGCAGAUGAAUUCGAACAAGAGUGGAACUUUCCCCACGCAAUUGGAGCGAUAGAUGGGAAGCAGGUUGUCUUGAGGCCGCAAAGAAAGAAGCCCACCUACAGCAUCGUGCUUUUGGCCAUUGUAGACGCAAACUACAAUUUCAUAUACGCCAAUAUUGAAUGCCAGGAAACAGAUGGGGAUCUCCUGGCAAGCACGGCACUGGAAAGAAGAAGAGCGCACUGGGAGCUAAGCAUUCCCCUUCCUCGAAUUUUGCGUGUCCCAUAUUCUGUCGAGGUGCCUUAUAUGUUCCUUGGUGAUGAGUCAGUUGCUUUAAGUGAGUUGUGUUUGAUACCUUAUUCCAAAGUUCCGCUAAGACAAAGGCACGAACGCACCUUCAACUAUCGUCAUUCACGUGCCAGGCGAGUUGUGGAAAAUGCGUUCGGAGUUUUGAGUGUAGUAUUUCGCUGUUUACGAACAGCAUUAGAACUGCAACCAGCUAUAGCGAAAAAGGUUGUUUUAUGUUGCGUUCAUUUACAUAACUUUUUACGGAAAAGUAAUUCGGCAGAGUUUUACACACCUAGUGGCACAUUCGAUCGAGAAGAGAAUGAGGACCAAUUUAUACCCGGCAUGUGGCGCAAUGAUUUGCCAGCGGAAUCGAUGCUCAAUCUAGAAGGAUUUGCCAGGAACAGUCCAAGAAAGAUGGACACUAUAAGGGAUCUAUUAGCACGCGAACUAUUCUUUAAUUCUCCGUUAGAAUAAAAAAAAUUCAUUUCAUUUAAUACCAAUUACCGUACAAAACCAUGGGACAAAAGACUUUACGAAAAGAACAAACGGGAAGACAAGCUUUGCUCAACUGUUCAGUGUUUGCUUAUUGAAAAUAGAAAAACUUGGGGCAAUUGAUUAUGAUUGAUCUAUAAAGUGAACAGUAGCGACUGCUAGAACAUAUUCGUUUUGGAAGAACUUAUUUAAUCUUUUACUUACCGUGCCUUCGCCUUUCAUUUUCACUUGAUUAAGGAAGCUCAUAGGCUCGUACCCGAACCACACCGGCUUCACAU